GUAUAAAAAGAAAAAAUCCAUCUGAUUGCACCAUCAGUACCAAAAAGUUCUUCGUCACAAGCAUAUAACAUGAUAUUUCUGAGUGCAAAUUUGCUUCUGGCCUUCGUUGUGGGAACAUCCAGCUCUGGUUUCGUCAGAGGUUACGGCGAAGGAGUUUCUGCCAGCCAGACGUUCGAUCACGGACAAGGUUACGGACAAGGAACCGAAUUGCAGAACGGGGACGGACACGGUCCCGAGAUCGGCGCCGGUGCCAGCAGCUACGAGUCCGGAAUUGGUGGAGGUUCGACACACGGCGGCGACUUCGAGACCAAACACUUGGAGGAGCACGUGAGCAUCCCGACGCACACCAUCGAGCACACGAAACCGGUGCCGGUGCCCGUUUACAAGAAGAUCGGCGUGCCAGUUCCGCAUCCGGUGGGAGUACCGGUGCCGCAAGUCAUCAAGGUGCCAGUACCGCAACCCUAUCCCGUUCACGUUCCGGUACCACAGCCGAUCGCGGUUCCCAUCUACAAAUUGGUGCCGCAGGAGAUUGAGAAGAAGGUUCCGAUUACCGUGCAUAAGAUUGUGCCCGUGGAAGUGGAGAAGCCAUAUAAAAUAGAAAUCGAGAAGCACCAUCUUCAGUACGUGGAAAAGCCGUACCCAGUUCACGUGCCGGUCUACAAACAUGUCUACCAUCAUGUGCCAAAACACGAAGGUGGUGGCGGAGGUCACGGAUGGCAUUAGGGCAUCUUAGAAUGUUAGUUGUUGUUGAAUUUUAUUUAUGAUUUGUUGUACGUUAUUAAUUGUUGUUUUAUACUUUCUUAUUAAUCAUUUCCUAGUCCACCACCAUCAUCAUCAUAACCAUCAUCUUUAUCGUCAUAGUUUUAUAAUUUAUGCUUCUAGAAUAUUGUUGCCACUUUUCUAAUAAAUCUAUUUAUUAUUACUUCGAGUUGCCUCAUUACAUGAAACAUAAAAACACUGAGAUCGAUAAGCUUCUACACGUACCAAAACACUGUGUGGUGCAGGUUCAUCAUCAUCAUAUUCUUUGAACUUUGGGACGGUUCAUAUGUUUAACACCAAUAUUUUUUAUAAUAAAUGGUUAAAAUUUGAGCACAGGUAGAGCACGUCCAAUAAUGAAGAAAAUAUAAAAAAAAUUGUGUUUCUGUAUUUUCUUUGGGCGCAACUUA